AUGAGUCCUACUGAAUUAUUUCAAUCUCGAACAAUAUAUGAUAAUGAUAAUCAUGAGUCGGAAUCAAUGCAAACAACAUUAUCUCAAUACCAAACACCAACUUAUCUUGCUAAACCUGAAGACGAUGACGAUGAUGAUGACAAUGAUAUUGUUCAACAACGACAAUCAAGAAAUGUUUCUUCUGCUGCAAGAGUAACUUUGUUCGAAUGUGAUAAUGCUUCUGCUCAUAAUAUGCUUUCGAAAUUUGCUAUUGCAGAAUCCGGUAUACCUAUUCGAACAAGUAUGGAUAAUGAAACAACGUUACAUUAUGCGGCUUUAAUUAGUCAAUUAACUAUUCAUGCUAAACGUGUUGUCCGGGAACUUGAUCCGAGUCAAGAACUUGAACAACUUCGUCUUCGUUCGCAAAAGCAUGAAAUCAUCGUUGCGCCUGAGAGUAAAUAUAUCAUGAUUGUAGUUCAAGUACCAGAAGCUCUUUAA